AUGAUGAUGAACUCCACACCAGUUUCAUAUUUCACACUUAGUGCCUAUGUUGACACCGGGCUUUUUAAAUACUUAUAUUUCCUGAUUAUUCUGACUUUGUAUAUGUUAAUUGUUUGUUCCAAUGUGUUGCUCAUUGUGGUGAUCUGUAUGAACAGAAGCUUACAUGAACCUAUGUACCUUUUUCUCUGCAGCCUGUUUGUAAAUGAACUGUAUGGUAGUUCAGGGUUGUUUCCAUUCCUUCUGGUUCAGAUCCUCUCUGACAUUCACACUGUUUCUGCUCCAUUUUGUUUCCUGCAGAUUUUCUGUUUGUACACUUAUGGAGGUGUAGAAUUGUUAAAUUUAGCCGCGAUGUCUUAUGACCGAUAUCUUGCUAUCUGUUAUCCUCUACGAUAUAACACUCUUAUGACUUAUAAUAAGAUUGCUGUGCUUAUUGCUGUAAUAUGGUUAUAUCCUUUUUUUGCUAAUGCUUUAACACUAACGACUAUGACUGUCCCUUUGCAGCUGUGUGGGAACGUCAUUAACAAAGUGUACUGUGACAACUAUUAUGUUGUUAAACUGGCCUGUUCUGACACGACAGCCCACAACAUCUUUGGACUUGUUAACUUGUUUACAAUAAUCUUAGGUCUUAUAGUUUUAAUUAUUUACACGUACAUGAGGAUCCUGAGAGUUUGUUUCUCUGGUUCUAAACAGACCCGACAGAAAGCCAUCAGUACCUGCACACCUCACCUCGCCUCCCUGCUCAACUUCUCCUUUGGAGCUUUCUUUGAAAUGGUGCAGGCCAGAUUUAAUAUGAAAUAUUUACCCAACAUGUUGCGCAUUUUCUUGUCAUUAUACUGGCUUACAUGCCAACCGCUCUUAAAUCCUUUACUGUACGGACUGCAAAUGUCCAAGAUACGCAUUGUAUGUAGAAAACUGCUCUUUGGGGGUAAAAUUUAA